AUGAACCAGGCCACCUCCCUUCUCUCGCCAUCCCCUUCUUCGUCAAUCGAACGGCCGGCCGUCGAGCUGACUCCCGUCAUCGAGAAGCUGAAAAUCAUCUGCAGUGAACAUGACAUCGAUUUUCAACUAGCUGCCACAGCAACCGAGUGCUUACUCCGGCUUCGCCACACAUUCAUCGACAGUGACCACCCUCGAGAAGCGAAAGAGGAUUUUCGACAUCUACAUGGUUUUCAGACGCUGCUAGAGCUGCUUCGGAAGGUCUCGGAAUCAUAUACCCCUGAUCGGUCGUCGAAGGAAGAGAGGAAAUGUCUCUUGACCCUUUUUAAGGAUGCAUUGGCGGUUUUGGCAGAGGCGUUAAAGGAGCAUCAUGGGAAUAAGCGGUACUUUGCAAGUCGGGUCCCUCGGGGAGGGAGAGUGGCUCUAGAGGAAGCUCUUGCACUCCUGGCCCAAAAGGUGGACUGCGUACAGGGGGAUAUAGAACAGUUCUACAGUGGGAUUCUGGCGGCAGUUCUCUGCCAGGAAGCCGUCACCAGUAUAUUCACAACGUUGGACGCCAAAUUCCGAACGGCCCCGGAGCUGCUGCCCAGUGAUAUCAAGGUGGAGGUGGAUCGAUGCGUAGGAACCUCGGAGACUAUCGAAGUACCGGAUAUCCUGGGCCCUUUCAUUCGAGUGUGGUUGUCUCAAACCUCAGCCUCCUCGUCUGGCCACGGUAUCCUGAGGUUGGCUGUGCCUGCAUGCCUUUGCCAACUUGCUUCGCAUUCCCAGAGAAAUAUCACAACUCUGCAUGCUACUGGCGUGUUAUCAUGGAUUCUCCCGCUUCUAGUCAGCGACGAGCGUCCGGAGCCGGAAAAGCUAUUGUAUCAGGAGCUCGCGCGGCUGCUCUGUGCACAGGGAAUAAGCAACCUGGAGGAUGCGGUAUUCCUCUAUCAGAAAGCCCACAGUUGCCCAAAGGUGUCGCGCUUGCUUGUUGAUGUUCUGAAGGCCUCAAAGGAACCUGCAUCCAUACAGUUUGAUCUCUCACUACAUGGAUAUGGGUCAUUGGAAUUUUCAACUCUCGGGCGCUCAUUCCCACCAGCAACUUCCUCGGGGUACACGCUUUCGGUUUGGGCACGCUUUGAUCAGUUUGAUCCAAACACACAUACAACAAUAUUCGGGGCAUUUGAUCCCAGCCAGACAUGCUUCUUGCUUGCAUACCUUGAAAAAGACACCCGAAAUUUCAUAUUGCAGACCUCGAUAAGGGGGUCACGCCCCAGUGUUCGAUUCAAAUCCGUUGUUUUCGAACCUGGGCGAUGGUAUCACAUUUGCGUUGUUCACAAGAAACCCCGACCACCAUCGUAUUCCCGCGCGUCUUUGUUUAUAGAUGGUGAAUUCGUCGAACAACUCAAGAUAGAGUAUCCAUGUAUGCCCGCUACAAGCGCUCCCAGCCGAUCGGCUCGGGUUCAAGCGUUCUUUGGCACGCCUCAGGACCUGGCCAUGAGGCUGGGUAAGGGGGUUUCCAUGUCUCGAUGGUCUCUCGCAAGUGCGAUUCUUUUUGAAGAAGCCUAUAGCGACGAUAUGGUUGCUGUGUUCUAUAACCUUGGCGCCCGUUAUUAUGGCAACUUCCAAGACUGUCUUGGCUCUUUUCAGACGUACAAGGCUUCUGCCGCUCUGAACUUGCGCAAUGAGCAUUUGCACCCGGGCAAAGAAGAGCAGUCGGACAUCGUUGUUGCCAUCCGGCGGAAAGCGAGUACUCUUAUCCGUGAGGGGUCCAUAUUGCUCAAUGUCUCGCCACUCUCAGUUUUAGACGAUGAUGAUGAUAAUACCGUGGAUGAGUCUCGGCUGAUCAAGUGCCUAUCCAGACAAGCCGCCAAAAAUCUGCACCAACUAACGAAGUCUGGAGGGAAUGCAGUAGCAGUCAACGGAGCCACACCUGCGAUAAAUGACGCACUGACUCAAGCUCAUGGAAUUGGUGUCUUGACUGGUCACCCCGUUGUCACGGUACCGCACUCUCUAGACGAUGCGAGUUGGCGUAUAGGGGGAUGUGCGUCGGUUCAUCUAAAUUUGGUCCACGCGGCUGACACUGCGGAGUCGACCCUGCUGGCAGUUGAGGCACUGUACGAAGCCGUGCAAGAUAGCUGGCGGAACAGCGAGGCAAUGGAAAAGGAGAAUGGCUACGGAAUCCUUGGGGCUCUGCUGCGCGAAAAGCUUGGCUUGCCAUCGGGAGUUUCUUCCACGACACCGAAGACCCCCAACGUUUGCUCCAGUUACGAGGAGCGAUCGGCCUUGGCCUUGGAGCUUCUCCGCUUGACACUGAAGUUUGUUGGGUACGAAUUUGAACAGCCGAAUCGCUCGAUCAUCACAAACCCACUAGCGUACCGGGUCUUGCUUGUCGACCUGGAGGUAUGGAGGUAUGGGGAGGCGGCUCUCCUCGAAUUGUACUACUCCCAAUUCUGUAUAUUUGCCAGCGAAAGCCAGUUUCGCCGGUUCAAUGCAAAGCGACUGGCUCGCAUGCGCGUUAACAAGAAGUUCCUUGAAGCCCUCAAAGUAGAGGAACACACGCCUGAAGCAUUACGCCUUCAUACCGCCGCCUUUGGAUCGCUGAUGGAGGGUUGCCUAUCGGCGGACUUGCUUCGCUCUCUGGCUCUUUAUAUCACUUACGCCCUUCAUAAGCCCAGAGAAUCUAGUCGGCUGCAGAAGAAAAAAAGCAUGAGAUUCAACACGGGCGUGCGGCCAGUGACCCCUGCUGCGAAGGAUAAAUAUGUGUCAAGCACCGUGCUUGCGACUGAGAUGCUUCGGAUGUACUCUUCCUUGCUCUGCAAUGCACAUGACCUUGGUCCUAUAAAGAAGUUCGCGAGGGCCGUGACGAACAAGUGGCUUCUGUACCUUAUGUGCGAAGACGAGCCAGAGAUUGUUAUUCUCGCCACUAAGAUCAUCGCCCGUCUGUUGGCUAUCCAUGGCAGCAACUAUGACAAGAAGUUCACCGAGAAAACUGGGGGUUAUAUCAUCAUGCGGCAUUGCCUGAAAAGGUGGUGGAGAAUUCCAGCUGUAUGGUCCAUCUGCUUUGCUAUUUUGUUUGGUCUGGACGUCGGUAAGAUGAUUGUUGACAGGCCCUUCAACCAAACGGGACUUUCGGAUACCUUCCUAUCCGGCACUCAGCUGCAUAUAACCUUCCCUGAAAUCUUCCCAGUUAUCGCUGAGAUGAUGCAGAGCGCCUUGAAGGAAACAGCCUUGACCAGUGGUAGCCCGCAGUCCGACAUGCAAGGUCUUCCAAUUCUUCAGAAUGUCAAUGUUCAACCAACCAAGCGAACCAUUUUCUCUCAUACAGCCGCGACUACAGUAGCCGAAGAGCAGUUGCUAUUUGGCACUGUCAUUGAUUUCUUUGCAACCCUCCAUGUGAAGUCUCAGAGCUUUCGUGUGUUUACAACGCAGCCUGAGUACACUCAGCAUCUACUUUCGGUGCUAUUCCCAGUUGUUGUCGGCUGCGAUGCAACAAACACGGAUGCCGAAUUAAACCCUCGUGCGGGUAGUCUCGACUUUAGUGAUCAGAAUCUGGUCCUUCGCCCGCGCUCAAGAGGAGCCGCUGAGCUGCGGACAACAACCGUGGAACAACCCGGACCUCGUGAUGAUCCUGGUGGAUCACUUGGCCGUGGAUCUUCUUUCGUCCUAGUCUCGUCUGAAAGGGGGAAACCUUUACCAUCCUCUGCACGCAUUGUCUAUGCAUGUAGUCCGAGGAAAAUUGAGGAGACUGGUAACCCCGAUCAUCCUUUUGUGAUCAGCAUACUCAGUUUGGCUCUCUCUGUCUUUUCGGAGCAGUUAUUAGAACGGAAGGAUUUUUCCGGUCUUGGUUUAUACCUCAAAACACCACCAGGAUUGCUGGAACACCGGGCACACUUCAACUCGUGGGUGCUGAAAAACUUUUUGUCAACAGCACAAGAGGUCAUAUUUUCGAAGCCUCACCUACUGGCAGAACCACGCGUGCUCACCAACUUGGGGCGGUUCACGACUCACCUUGGAGAAGCAGUGUACGAAGGCUGGUUUGUUGAUGGGGCAGCGGCAACCCUCGAAUUCGCAGGGCCAAUCUUGGAGUAUCUUCAACGGCCCGAUAUCUCUUGUCUCAAGAGUAUUAGGCUGUGUAGCCAAGCCGUUUCAAUCAUCCGCUCGACUGUAUUUCGUGCCGUUUUGCUUCGGCUAUCGGAAGUCGAGGGCACGGAAGCUCUCUUGUUUUUAAAGCGUUUGUCCUACUGGCAAGUGGUUCUUCUUGCUGGAGAUGCCCAUUCAACCCACCUGCAACUGUUGUGUUACCUCUUAUAUAUCAAAUUGGAUGACGGGAACGAAGAUGUACGCUUGGCUGCGGCAGGACUCUUCAGAAUCCUGUUAGUGCAGAAGCCUGCCGACAUGGCUACAAUUCUUAGCCAUGCACCGGCAGCCCUUCAAAAGCGGCUCUCUGCUGGCUUCGAAGCUUUGAUGGGUAUGGAUGAUGCCGCAUUUUUGCAGUGGUUUAAUGAUCGAGAAGAAGACCUACAUUCUCUAUUCUUUGACGUCAUAUCCAAACACUGGGAAGAUUUCGUUCAAGAAGAGAAUUCCAAGAUCGAGGCUACAUCACGGAACCGAGUUUCCAAACGCCAAGAGAAACUGAAGCAAUGGAAACAGAUAGACGCCUUUGGUGACGAAGUGACGCGCAAGCAUGUGGCUACGUUUUCUCACUGGGCAUCAAAUAUAUCCGCAUCAGAGUUUUUGAAGCUUCAAAGGGCGCUCCAGGACCACCAAGAUGACCAAGUAUUCAUGUGGACUGCUUUCUCCCAGCUGACCAUGGACUUGCGGCGAUUUGGAGGUCUUCUGGCCGAAAACAAGGAGCGAAAGUGGCGACUUGAUCAGACAGAAGGGCGUAGCCGUAUGCGUCUUCGCAUAGUUCCGGAUGAAACCAACGAGAGACAGAACUACCAACCAAAACGGAAGGCAUCCGAGCCUCCAGCAAUCAAACUGGAUACGGAGGUCCGACCUCCCUCCAGUGGUGAUGCACUUGGAUUGACCCCUAUAGCUACUGUCGCCAACAACGAGGCCGCAGAGAGUACCUCUCAAGGCAUUGCCCCGGAUAGUCGGAGUGUGCUUGAAGACAGCUUUGAAAUGAUCGAAGAUCCAAAGGCGGAUCUUGAUGACUAUGAGGACAAGAAUCGGAAAGUUAUGCGGACUCUCCACCGCGGCGACCAAGUUGAGGGUGUGUGCAACAUGUCGCGUAUCAUUGGAUUAGAAGCAUUCGAAGGACUUCUGAUCCAAGGGAAGGAUCACAUUUACAUACUGGACAACUUCUUCCAGAGAUCAGACGGCGAAAUUGUGAAUGUAUGGCAAGCCCCGGCAGACGAACGCGACCCAUACGUUCGCAUGAUCGCCGGCCGAGAAUCAAGCGAACGCAAAGCACAAGAGCAUGAAACGAGAAGCUGGAAAUGGUCCGAUCUGAUUAGUAUUUCGAAAAGACGCUUUCUAUUUCGUGACGUGGCCUUGGAAGUCUUUUUCACAGACGGCAGCAGUUAUCUGCUGACACUCAUCUCAUCACGAGCCCGAGACGGCCUUUGCAGUCAACUCGCGGCCAAAGCUCCCCAAGUGACCGGAAGCGUUGGUCACGCACGCCCUGAGGAUGUCUGGAGGUUCGAGACCCUUCGAAGCCAAGAGGAUGCACCGCAGUCUCUCGGGUCGAAGUUUGCCAGCGUUUUCGGCCAUUCACCGGCCUAUCCAGCCACACGCAAAUGGGUCAAGGGUGAAAUCUCCAACUUCCAUUAUCUUAUGCUGAUCAACACACUCGCCGGGAGAACAUUCAAUGACCUGACGCAGUACCCAGUCUUCCCAUGGGUUCUGGCUGAUUAUACAAGUGAUGAACUCGACUUGACCAACCCUCAAACGUUCCGUGAUUUGUCCAAGCCCAUGGGCUGUCAAACCCCGGAGCGAGAGGCAGACUUCAGAGAGCGAUACAAGGCAUUCGCGGAGAUGGGCGACGACGACGCUCCACCGUUCCACUACGGCACGCACUACUCCUCGGCGAUGAUCGUUAGCUCAUAUCUCAUCCGUCUGCAGCCCUUUGUCAAGUCCUACCUUCUCCUCCAGGGAGGUACAUUUGACCAUGCUGACCGUCUCUUCUACUCCGUUGGGAAGGCCUGGGAAUCUGCGUCGCGCGGCAAUAUGUCAGACGUACGAGAGCUAAUUCCCGAAUUCUUCUACCUCUCUGAGUUCCUGGUCAAUUCGAACAAGUACGAUUUCGGCCUCCUGCAGAACAUGACGACUGUGAUUGAUUCGGUGGAGUUGCCGCCGUGGGCCAAAGGUGACCCCAAGAUCUUUAUCGCAAAACACCGCGAGGCCCUCGAAAGUCCCUACGUGACCCAGAACCUACAUCACUGGAUCGACCUGGUGUUUGGAAGCAAGCAAAAGGGAGAGGCCGCGGUCGAGGCAGUGAACGUCUUCCAUCAUCUGUCCUACCAAGGUGCCAAAGAUGUAGACUCCAUUGAUGAUCCGGUGGAACGACUAGCCACCAUCGGCAUCAUUCACAACUUCGGACAGACCCCGCAUCAGAUCUUCAACCGACCUCAUUCGCAACGAGAGGACCCCAGGCACAAGAUGCCACGACUGGAUCGUCUUGCCGAGUCACUUACCCAGCAACCACUUGCGCUUCUUGAUAUCGGAGAACGAGUAGCUUCGUUAUCAAUGAAGCAUGAUCGUCUACUGUGUGCUGCAGCUCUUCGACUCAAUAUCCCGCCGAGCUACGAUAAGUACAUGGAAUGGGGCUUCUUCGAUGGUAGUGUGAGAUUCUAUUCUGCAGAUAGCCGAAAGGUACUACUGGGCCACUUUGAGCACCUCCAUAUCGGCCAACUAUCCUGCGCGAUCUUUGCGGACUCCCGGACAUUGAUAACCGCAGGCACCGAUUGUACUGUGGCGAUAUGGACCUUUACCUCGUCCGUCAAGUCAGUCGACCUCCAGCCAGCAGGGUCGCUGUUCGGACACCGUUCGCCAGUGACGAUGCUGGCGGUGUCUCGGUCAUUUAGCACCCUUCUGUCAGCAUCUACUGACGGUCAGAUCAUGCUUUGGGAUCUCAACCGGCAGUGCUUCGUUCGGGAACUGCCCAACAACGGGCCGGUCGAUUGCGCCCGGAUUAAUGACGUGACGGGAGAGAUUAUGAUCUGUCGACGAGACCGUGUUAGCCUCUACACGCUCAACGGGUCUCUGCUCCUGGAGCAGGUUCUGUGCGACUCGGUGGAAGACUCUAUAAUGACCUGUGUCUUCUAUGAAGGGGUCAACAAUGAGUGGCAGGAACGUGAGCUGCUCUUCACCGGUCACCGAAGAGGCGUGGUCAACAUUUGGAGCAAGAUCAUCCACCAAGGACGGUUUGAACUGGAGUUAAUCCGGCAACUUCAUCAUGUGGACAGCCUCCGCGAUAACGGAGCAAAUAUCUCAGCGGGGAUAAGUUGCAUCCUUGCCCAGCCGCACGUUGUAUAUACCGGCGAUGAAGGGGGAAGAGUGUAUGAAUGGAGCUGUGUCCAGCGCCGCUGA